UCUUGAAAAAGCACGCCAUUAUUUUAUUGCGUAUGAUGUGUACGCACAUGCGCAGCUCCGCUCUAUAGCCAACGCUAUCAGUGCGGCUAUUUGACUUUUCAUUCUAAGCAGCAUCUCGGCAACAACAAACAGGAAGAUGGCGGCCCGGACUAUGCAAGCGGCGCGAUGCCCGACAGACGAGCUGUCGUUGACCAACUGUGCCGUGGUGAGCGAGAAGGACCUGCAGUCUGGACAACAUGUGACUGUCAAGACCACGCCCGCCCACAAGUUUGUCUUCACCGUCAAGAGUCACCACAGCGUGGUGCCAGGAACCAUCGCGUUCAGCCUGCCGCAGAGGAAGUGGGCCGGCCUCUCCAUUGGGCAGGAAGUGGAAGUGGCCAAUUACAACUUUGAUAAGUCCAAGCAGUGCGUGGGCGCCAUUACCGUGGAGAUCGACUUCCUGCAGAAGAAGAGCACGGACAGCAGCCCCUACGACUCGGACAAAAUGGCCAGCGAGUUCAUCCAGCAGUUUAACAACCAGGGCUUCUCCGUGGGCCAGCAGCUGGUCUUCAGUUUCUGCGACAAGCUCUUUGGCCUGAUGAUAAAGGACGUCGAGGCCAUGGACCCAAGCAUCCUGAAGGGGGAGCCAGCGUCCGGCAAGAAGCAGAAGAUUGAGGUUGGUCUGCUGGUGGGAAACAGUCAGGUGAUUUUUGAGAAAGCAGAAAGCUCUUCUCUUACCCUGGUCGGAAAGGCCAAGGCCAGGGAGGCCCGGCAGACCAUCAUCAACCCCGACUGGAACUUUGAGCGCAUGGGCAUCGGCGGCCUGGACAAGGAGUUCUCCGACAUCUUCCGCCGAGCCUUCGCUUCCCGCGUCUUCCCCCCGGACAUCGUGGAGCAGAUGGGCUGUAAGCACGUGAAGGGCAUCCUGCUCUUCGGCCCUCCCGGCUGUGGUAAGACCCUCAUGGCCCGUCAGAUCGGAAAGAUGCUCAACGCCCGCGAGCCCAAGAUCGUCAACGGGCCCGAGAUCCUCAACAAGUACGUGGGCGAGUCCGAGGCCAACAUCCGCAAGCUCUUCGCCGACGCCGAAGAAGAGCAGAAGCGGCUGGGGGCCAACAGCGGCCUGCACAUCAUCAUCUUCGACGAGCUGGACGCCAUCUGCAAGCAGCGGGGGAGCGCGGCCGGCAGCACCGGCGUCCACGACACCGUGGUCAACCAGCUGCUCUCCAAGAUCGACGGCGUGGAGCAGCUCAACAACAUCCUGGUCAUCGGAAUGACCAACAGGCCUGACCUGAUCGAUGAUGCUCUGAUGAGGCCUGGCAGGUUCGAGGUGAAGAUGGAGAUCGGGCUUCCGGAUGAGAAGGGCCGCUUGCAGAUCUUGAUCAUCCACACGGCCAAGAUGCGCGAGUUCAACCUGCUGUCAGGCGACGUGGACCUGCCCGAGCUGGCCACCGAGACCAAGAACUACAGCGGCGCGGAGCUGGAGGGGCUGGUCAGGGCCGCCCAGUCCACCGCCAUGAACCGCCACAUCAAGGCGAGCACCACGGUGGAGGUGGAUAUGGAGAAGGCCGAGAAGCUGCAGGUCCAUCGAGCGGACUUCAUGGGCUCCCUCAACAACGACAUCAAGCCUGCCUUUGGAACGAACCAGGAGGACUACGCCAGCUACAUCAUGAACGGAAUCAUCAAGUGGGGCGACCCGGUGACCCGGGUGCUGGACGACGGCGAGCUUCUGGUGCAGCAGACCAAGAACAGCGACCGCACGCCGCUAGUGUCCGUACUGCUGGAAGGUCCCCCCCACAGCGGCAAGACUGCCCUGGCCGCCAAGAUCUCGGAGGACUCCGAGUUCCCCUUCAUCAAGAUCUGUUCUCCGGACAAGAUGAUCGGCUUCUCAGAAAUCUCCAAGUGCCAGGCCAUCAAAAAGGUGUUUGACGAUGCUUACAAGUCCCAGCUGAGCUGCGUGGUGGUGGAUGACAUCGAGCGUCUGCUGGAUUACGUCCCAAUCGGGCCUCGCUUCUCCAACCUGGUGCUGCAGGCCCUGCUGGUGCUGCUGAAGAAGGCCCCGCCUCGCGGCCGCAAGCUUCUGAUCAUCGGCACCACCAGCCGUAAGGAUGUCCUCCAGGAGAUGGAGAUGCUGGACGCCUUCAGCACCACCAUCCACAUCCCCAACAUCUCCAGCGGGGAGCACCUGGUGGAGGCCCUGGAGCUGCUGGGAAACUUCACAGACAAGGAGCGAGCCACCAUCGCCCAGCAGGUGAAGGGCAAGCGUGUGUGGAUCGGAAUCAAGAAGCUGCUGAUGCUCAUCGAGAUGUCCCUGCAGAUGGACCAGGAGUACAGAGUCAGCAAGUUCCUGUCGCUGCUCAAGGAGGAGGGCGCAGACCACAGCUUCUUCGAAUAGAGUCGCCGGACCAGCGCCCGUCCCGCCAGGAGAGCCAACCCGGAGGGAAACCAGGGGUUCGGACAAAAAAAAAAAGAAAAAAA